AGCGAUUCAAUGGUCGAGUGCUUCGGAAUUACUCGUGAUCCUGAAACUAGUUGUUAUAUGUUUGUUGUUAGACUUUGUAAUGAAAACCUCUAUCAAUUCCUUAAACGAACUAGGGGACAACUUGAUUGGAGAAAUAGAAUUGAUAUGCUUUAUGAAAUUGCUAAUGGCCUUAAACAAAUCCAUGAUUGUGGGCUUUAUCAUGAAAAUUUACAUGGAGGAAAUUUGUUAACUGAAAUGACAAAUAAUGGUAUUAACAUAAGAAUUUCUGACACCGGAUUGCAUGAUAAAGGAAAAACAAUGACAUAUUUGAUCUAUGACCUAUCAUCUCAUCUGGAAUAUUCCACAGAAAAUAAUUAA